AUGGCCAAGAAUCCACUUGCAGGUUUGCUAGACACUAACAAGUUGACAGGUCCCAAUUAUCUGGAUUGGCUUAGGAAUCUCAAAAUUGUUUUGGAUUCCGAAAAAAUAACAUAUGUUAUGGAUAAGGCCCCACCUGAAAAAGUUUCAGAGGCGUCCACGCCAGAGGAACUUACCACUUGGCAGAAGUGGAAAGAUGAUGAUCUUCAGGCUCGUUGUUAUAUGAUGGCAUCGAUGUCAAAUGAGCUGCAAAAGCAGCAUGAGAAAAUGGAGCAUGCAGCAGAGAUUCAUUUACACCUACAAGAGUUGUAUGGUGAGCAGACUAGACAUGUGAGAUAUCAGAUCUCAAAGGAGCUUUUCAGGGCCCGUAUGACGGAUACUGAAUCUGUCAAUACUCAUGUAUUGAAGAUGAUAAGCCUGAUUGAAAAGCUUGAGUCUUUGAGUGUUGUCAUGGAUAAUGAUCUAUAUGUAGAUCUUAUUUUACAAUCUCUUCCUGAUUCAUUUGAUCAUUUUGUCAUGAACUUCAAUAUGCAUAAGCUUGAAACUACUCUUCCUGAGUUGCUUAACAUGUUGAAGACUGCUGAAAUGACAAUGAAGAAGGAUAAACCUGUCAUGCUCAUUGGUUCCUCACAUUCCUCUAAACCAAAGAAGAAUUGCUUGGGCACUGGAAAAGGAAUUGCAGGUCAUAUUUCCAAAGACAGGAUAAAUGAGUUGGUUAAAAAUGGGUUAUUGAACUUGUUUGACUUACAGUCACUUCCAACUUGUGAAUCGUGUCUUAAAGGAAAGAUGACGAAAUCUCCAUUUGUUGGACAAGUGGAGCGUGCAUCUAACCUGUAUGGCUAUGUAUACCUUAUGAAGCACAAGUCAGAAGCCUUUGAAAAGUUCAAAGAAUUCAAGAAUGAAGUAGAAAAACAAACAGGAAAAAGUAUUAAGGUCCUUCGAUCUGAUCGAGGUUCAAGGAAUGCCACUUUUCUAGAAAAAGAAUUCCUAUUAGAUGGGAAUAAUGGCAAUAUGAUAGAUCUUGAAGAAAUUCAAGAAUCACAAACUACUAUCCCACAGGUGGAAGCAGAAAACAACUUUGAACCUCAAAGUACACAAUCUCCUCGUAGAUCCCAAAGGAUCACGAGACCUCCUGAUAGGUAUGGUUUCUUAGUUGAAGGUAAUGAAGAUAACCUUCUAUUGGAUGAGGAUCCAAGAACCUACAAGGAGGCGAUAUCUGAUAUCGACUCGGGAAACAAAUUGUUUGAUUUCAUCAGAAACUUGGAUGAACCAUGUGUGUAUAAGAAGGUUAGUGGGAGUGCAGUCACUUUUCUGGUGCUCUAUGUUGAUGACAUACUACUCAUUGGGAAUGAUGUAGGUAUGUUACAAGCAACAAAAGCCUGGUUAUCUACUAAUUUCUCCAUGAAAGAUUUGGGCGAAGCAUCUUACAUUUUGGGGAUUAAGAUCUAUAGAGAUAGAUCAAAAAGGAUGCUUGGAUUGUCCCAAUCAAUGUAUAUAGAUAAAAUGUUAAAAAGGUUUAACAUGGAAGGAUCUAAAAGAGGAUUUCUUCCAAUGCGCCAUGGGAUUUCUCUCUCCAAGUCUAUGUCUCCAAAGACUCCAGAGGAGAGGAAAAGAAUGGCAUCUAUACCCUAUGCUUCUGCCAUAGGUAGCAUAAUGUAUGCUAUGCUAUGCACUAGACCUGAUGUUGCACAUGCUUUGAGUGUCACAAGCAGAUAUCAGUCUAAUCCAGGAGGUGAACUGAAAUUGGAAUGCUUUACGGAUUCAAGUUUUCAGUCUGAUGUAGAUGACUCAAAAUCAGUGUCUGGUUAUGUAUUCACCCUUAAUGGUGGAGCAGUUUGUUGGAAGAGUUCCAAACAAGAAACUACUGCAGAUUCUACCACUGAGGCUGAAUAUAUUGCAGCAUCUGAUGCUGCAAAGGAAGCAGUUUGGAUGAGAAAUUUUAUCUCAGCAUUGGGAGUGGUUCCUACUAUUGUUGAUCCAGUUCUAGUUUACUGUGAUAACAAUGGUGCAAUUGCUCAAGCAAAGGAACCAAGGUCCCAUCAAAGAUCCAAACACAUAUUGCGGAGAUUUCAUUUAAUCCGUGAGAUAAUUGGCCGUGGUGACAUCAAAAUGGAGAAGGUUGCAUCAGCGGAGAAUGUAGCAGAUCCCCUUACGAAACCAUUGUCACAACAAGUUUUUGAACGUCAUCUUGAGAAGAUGGGCUUAAGAUACAUGGGAAAUUGGCUUUAG